GAAAAUACGUCCCGCACCGUGGUCGCAGCUCCUUGACCCAGCAGCGCUAAGUGCGCCAGAAGGGUCGAUUUCCCUGAUUAUAUAAAGCAGCAGUUUUAACUACCAAGGCUACUGGGAGGGACAUCCUCUCCAAAAAACAACAACGACAAAGAAUCGAGCCCCAAGCUUCCUUCGCCUCAGAGGUCCCCACCUCCGCUUUCCUCCUUCAGAGCAGCAGAGGAUUCGCCCAGAGCUGGAAGACGAGGAGUCGAGCGCGCAGAGCAUGGACUGAGCAGCAGGGAUUGCCCCAAAGGACGCACGAAUCAGGUCCUGCAGUGCGUUGGCUGCCAUGCCGGUCCUUAAGAACCCCUGCAAGCUCAAGAUGGCCAACGGCGACACCAGCAGCGGCUCGCUGAUCCUUGAGAAGGAAAGCCACCGGGGAACCAACCCUUUUGAGGAAGACCUUGAGGAGAACGAGAGAGACUCUUUCCUGGGCAGCGACUCCCCCGAGAGCAGGAACCCUUCCCCGGACGGCGGCGGAGGCACCUUCGAGCGGGGCCUUUUCAACGGCAGCCCCGAGGGGCGCUACAGGCGGCGGGCGACGCUGGAGAAGCUGGUGGGUCUGUCCCCCUUCCGCAUGGGCAAAGGGAAGAAGAGCGGCGACAAGAAGUCCCCCGGGGAGAAGGGGUCGGACAGGAGGUCCUUUUUGGGCCGCAUGAUGAUCCCCUUGACGGAGGGCAACCAGGGGACGCCGGAGAAGAGGAAGACCCGGCGCAGCUCCGAAGACUUCAGCCUGCUCCAGCUCCUGAACGGGCGCCGCAAGGAGAGCCUCUACGGUCUCGACUGCGGCCUGUCGGAGAAGGAGAACGGCGGUGGGGGAGACAAGCGCAUGUCCUUCCUCAAGAUCGGGCUGGGAGGGAAGGUGCGCAGGGCUUCGCUGGUGGAGAAGCUCAACCAGACCGAGGCGCCGGAUCCGGCCCCCGUCACAGAGGAGGCUGAGGUCAAGGUCAAGGAGCCGCUCUCGGUUCUGGAAAUCCUGAACCUGAUCCACCAAAGGGAUCUCCUGGUGGCCGACGAGCACAUCAUUGAACUGGAGGCCGAAUGUGAGCAGGAUGGGCAGCAGAGCACGGAGGGCAGCGAGGUCCGGAAAUCCGGGAGCCGGAAAGCCAAGGACGUGGCGCUGCUGUAUGAGGCCUUGCAGAAGGAACUCUGGGCCGUCCUGGCUGAGUCUCUGGCCGCCAAGAGCUCCUGUUCGGCUCUGGAGCUCGUGGUGCGAGUGAUCGAGCAGGAGGAGGACACCGACCGCAAGUGGCUGGCGGCUCAAGGGGACCGGGCAGGCGGUUGCGGACCCCGGCCACGGGCCAUGAAGGAGCAGUGGGCCGGGGCAGUGCGGCAGCUGGUCGGAGAGCGGCUGCGCCAGUGCACCGAGGGCAGGGUCCUCCCCGUGGCCACGCAGAUGGACCGGCUGGCCAAGUGCGCCCUGGAGGACCUGUGCACCGUCAAGUUCCACCUCUUGCACGCCUACCCCAAGGAAUACGAGGCCUUCGGGGUCUACCUGUGCAGCUUCCACCAGGGACUCGCCAGGUGCCUGGCCGAGGCGGUCCAGAAGAAGCUGAGCAUCUCAGACCUCUACUUCGUCCUGGAUUGGAGCAGCAACAUCUACCAGAGAGAAGUUCUCGGCCGAGCAGAAAUCUCCUCCCUGGUCAAGACCCAGGAGCUGGGCCCGCUGCUGUCCCCCGAGACCCAGCUGAGCCUGGAAGAGGACCUCAUCGCUGCUGUGAAGGCGAAGAUCACCGAGGACAUGAGCCAAGAGCUUCAGAAGGAGGAGGAGAGAUGGGCGCAAGAAGAUGCAGGCGACGGCUUCCAGUUCGGCCUGUCUGGCAAAGUCAUACUGGUGCUAAAGGCUCACGUAGACAAAGCCCCCCAGAUCACAGAAGAUUUUGGAAGGAGGGUGGCACAUUGCUGCCUGAGCUGCUUGGCGGACUUCCUGCAGAGUUUUCAGAGGAAGGUCGAAAGGUUCCACGAGGGGCAGAUUGAGACCCCCCUCACUGCCGACGCCUUAAUGGAUCGGACCAUCAUGCUCAUCAACCACUGCCCACCUUUUAGGGAUUACGUGGAGCGCUUGGCGAGGUUCGGUCACCCCGAGAGUGAGGCAGUGAGGCGCCAGGCCAACGCCUCCCUUGACAGAGUGACUCGACUGUGCAACAGGGUCUUGGCUGACCACCUCUUUCAAAACCUCAAGCCCCACUUCCAAAAGCUGAUGAAAAGGAAGUGGCUCAGCAAUUCGGAGGCCUUCUCCACCAUCAUGGGCACCCUGGAAGAACACGCCCGGAAGCUGAGGAAGAUGAAGCUGGAGCCGUACCAGAUGUUGCUGAAGGAUGUGCACCGCCGGGUGCUCAUCGAGUAUGUCCGGCCCCUGAUGCGAGUGCGGUUCGUCUGCACCACUUCUAAGAUGAGGACCAAGAUGGCAAACAAGCUGCGGCGCGAAGCCAAGCAGCUGGAGGAGUUCUUCACCCACCUGGAAUCCACCUCGUCCUGGCUGGACAAGGUUGUUCCACACCUGGCAGAGAUCAUUGAGCUGGAAGACAUCGCUGCCAUUCAACUGCAAGUGGGCUUCCUCGCAAGAGAUUUUCCCGACGUGCAGAAGAAGCACGUGUCUGCCAUCUUGGACAUCCGCGGUCUGCAGAACCAGACCCACCGGCAGGACGUCCUGGCCGCCAUAGAGAGCCUGGAGCUGACUGAGGACGGGGAGGUUCCCUGCCUGGACCGGGCCUUCUUCAACGAGAUCCCCACCAGCAAGGUCUUCUGCGUCCGCCUCCAGCUGCGCUGCGUCUCGGUCCUGGGGGUGACCGGACUCUCCCGGCUCCGCCAGAUGCCUUGGCGACGGCAGCAGCAGCAGCGGCGGCGGCAGCACAGGCGGCGGUCCAAAGAGAGCGGAGCCGAGUCGCAGGUGUGAGGACGGGCGCCCCGCCAAACAGUGGACUCCCUGUCUCAGCCGCCAGGUUAUGGGGCAGGGGCCUGGAGCCUCCCACAGGGGGGGU